UUAAAAUCAAUCAAGAGGCGAUGGAGGGGCAUUGUUAAUCUUCAGAAUAUCCAGUGAAUAUAUUCAUUAGUCUUAGUCUUGUGUUGUAAGAAUAUAGACUGUGUGUAGUGCUGUUUUCAAGAGACCUGCCGAAGAUUAGAUAAAAGAUGUUUUCAAUUCCUACCUUUACCAUCUACAUCACAAUCUGCUUGUCGGCAAUCAUCAUCCUCCUAUAUCUUUAUUGGACGAGGAACUUCGACUAUUGGAAAAAUAGAGGCAUUCCUUUUGAGAAACCUUUACCAUUCUUUGGUAACCUGAAAGAUGUCCUAACCUUCAAAAAGAACAUCGGAAUGAGCCUCAAAGAUAUCUACGAUAAAAUGGAAGGUCCCUACUUGGGGAUCUUCCUUGUGGACAAGCCAGCACUACUGCUGAAAGACCUGGAAGUGAUAAAGCACGUCUUGGUGACCGAUUUCAGUAAUUUCUCAGACAGAACUAUGGCUCAGAGGAAAAGCGAUCUAGGAUCCAGUCUUCUUCCCAUGAUGAGAGACGCUGAGUGGAAGGCCUACAGGAAGUUACUCACUCCAGGAUAUAGCAGCAGCAAGAUCAAAAAAAUGUACGACAUAGUCGUGGAUACUAGUCUAGAUAUGGUUCGGCAUAUAGGGAAAAUUUUGGAAACAGACGACGUGGUGAACGCUAGGCAUGAAGCAGCCCUAUAUGGGGCUGAGGUUAUAACAUCCACCGCUUUUGGCAUGAAGGGAGACUGCUUUGAUGAUGAACAUUCUGGAUUUAAAAAAGCCGCUGAAAGAAUUUUCGAUUUCAACGAUCCUUCCAGGUCCAUAUCCACAAGCUGUUACAUGAUGUUUCACACUCUCGUACAUAUUUUCAGACUCAAAUUCGUCGACGGAUGGUCGGAGACUUUCCUCAGAGAAGAGUUUCUGAAGACCGUGAAAUACAGAAAGGAUAAUAAUAUCACCAGAUAUGAUUUCGUCGACAUACUUAUCAACUUGAAGAAGAAUAAUAAGAUCAAUGAGGUAGAUAUGGAUGAUGAGAAGAUGGCUGCCCAAGCUAUAACUUUUUUCAUAGCUGGUUUCGAAACAACUAGUGCAACUAUUUCUUUUUCGUUAUAUGAACUCGCAAAGAACCCUUUUAUCCAAAAGAAAGUGAGGGACGAGAUAACGCCUAUAUUGGAUGCCCACGAGUUCAUACCCUACAAGACGGUGAAUUCUGGAAUGGUCUAUACAGAAAUGGUUAUGAGAGAAACAUUAAGAAAAUAUCCCCCAGCGCCGCAUGUCAGCAGAGCUUGUUUCGAAGAUUACAAAAUCCCAGGGACAAAUGACGUAAUACCAAAGGGCAUUCCAGUGUUCAUCCCAGUUUACGCUGUACAGACAGAUCCCCAAAAUUAUCCGGAACCGGAAAAGUACAUUCCGGAAAGAUUUUCUCCCGAUAACCCAGAGCGAGUCAAACCAUUUUCAUGGUUACCAUUCGGAGGCGGACCAAGAAUGUGUUUAGGAGUGAAGUUCGCCACGGUGAGCAUCAAAUCAGCGAUUGCUAACAUAAUAUACAACUUCGAAGUGGAACUAAUCGAUCACGACACAAAUGAAAUGGAGUUCCAUCCCAGAGCUUUUACAACGGCUCCAAAAACGAUGACGCUACCUUUGAGGUUUAGGAAGAUUCACCGAGAGAACACGAAGUAUCCGAUAAAAGUUUAAAACCUUCACAUUCUAGCAGAUGUUCGGAUUGUUACAUCGCCUUGGAGGAUUCUAGCAACUACAUAGAAAAACGCUUCACUAUUGUGAUUGCUACUGUUUUUUUUUUUUCAUUUCACCAUUUUCAAACCAUAGUAUUUGCUCCAAAUUGAAAACUCUGACCAUGAACUAUGUACUGUUUACUUAUGAUGCACUGUUUGGAACCUUUGGUGUAGUAAUGAAUAUUACUGGAGUUUUUGAUUUU